UCGUGAAUUAAAUAAUAUGAAUUGUGCCACCUUUGUCAAAAGGAAUGUCACCGAAACUGGCAUACACGGUUUGCCCUACUUGAUGCGUAAAGAUUUGCAUUGGACGGAGCGACUAUUUUGGUUGGGCAUCAUCAUAGCUGCGACUUAUUAUUCCAUUUUUCUGUCUUUGGAACAAUGGAAGCAUUUUCAAGAAAACCCUCUUGUGUUUGCCGCCGAACUGACCUGGGAUAAGAAGAACUUCCUCUAUCCCGGCAUAACAAUGUGCAGCGAUUUUCGCAAUGCGUUGAUGGCUGAAGAAAUAAUUAUGGAAUUGUGGCAGCUAACGCCCAAUGACACCCGUUACGACUACUACUCAAACUUUUUGCAAGUCUUAAAUGUCCUACAAUACGAUACCUUGGAGACGCUGUUGCCAUACAAAAAUGACUCCACGCUGUGGGGCAUAGACUAUAUCGAUAUUUUAACCAAAUUGCAGACACCAGACAAGUCAGAGGUUCAGAUCUCCGAAAAGAAGAGCAUCAUAUUCGCACCAGCGAUUACAGAGGUUGGUCUGUGUCGUACAACAUCACAGUUAAAUAAGUACACCAACCCCAGUGGAGAAAUAAAAUCCCUUGAGGUUAGCCCCGUGCAAUACUGCCUCUUCAUGAGCAUUUGUUUUACCAAGCUGUUUCCAGAAUAUUCAGAUGAGGCGGAAGUAUUUGUGUAUCUGCAUAACCCCUUAGACGUCGUAGCGCCCAACGACAUAACCAAUGUCUAUCAAACUGCACCGCAAGGUCGAGUUUUAACUGUUGAUCUGGAGAUCACUGCAUUCAGCGCUGAAGCUCAGGUGCGCCGAAUACCGAUAGAAUAUCGCAAAUGUCGCUACCCAGACGAAAGUAAUCUCAAGUAUUUCGAGACCUACUCAACAGCUUUGUGUUGCAUGGAACACCGCAUUCACCGGGCCAUGAAACUAUGUAACUGCAAGCCACAUUUCUAUGCGGUCGCAGCCGAACUCCCCACUUGCACUAUCGAUCAGCUUUUGUGUUUGCAACGGCACAAUUGGACGCAGACAAAUUGCACCUUCUGCUUACAGCUCUGUGAGUACAUGUUCUAUGUGCAGCUACAGCAGAGUAUUGAGCAGCCUAUGCAUGGGCUGCAGUUGGAGGGUGUAAUGGGUCAAAAAUUUGAACGCACCGUCAACAUACAGCUCAACUUGCCGUAUCGAGGUAUACGGCGACGCGUGGUCUUCAGCUUCGAUGAGGUGGUCGUCUCGUUUGGUGGUGCGUUUGGUCUGUUUUUAGGCGCCAGCUUUAUCAGCACUUAUACGAUAAUAAAGAUUUUCGGCGAUUUCCUGGUGCUAAAUUGUUUGCAAUUUUGUCGACAACAACUACGUCGCAGAAGAAGAUUUCGCGUUCGUGUGAUUUAAAGCACUGUACGACGAACGUGAAAUGCUUCGAGAACAGUCUCUGUAGCUUGAAAUGUAAUUAUAUAAGGCAAUUGAAUUUGUAUUGCUGGCGCAAUCAACUGAACUAUCGAUUUUCUCUGACACAUUUCCUUUCUCUUUUCGCCAAGAAAAUUGCUGACACCUAACGAAGGCACGCCGCUAUGCAAUAGCGGUACAAUUUAUGAAGGUAAAAUGCUAUAAAUGAAAUUCACCACAGGGUGAAAUCCGUAGAAAGUACAUAUCUGCUCAGCUCACAAAUGCUUAUAUUUUGCUUGCAAUCCAUAAAUGUAUG